AGCUUACAGGGCAAGAGUUCACCGGUCUGUCGCUAACUCGGGGAGUUUCUCUCAGUUUGAUGAUAGCUGCCGAAGUUUAGAGGCAAAAAACAAACAUGAUGAGAUCUACGAAGGAGCCGCUGCCCGCAACAUAACUUCAGCCUUACUCAUGGAUAUAAGUUGAAGCCCGUGAAAUACACUGGAUCCGUUGAGCCGGCGGAGUUUUAUUGGCUUUACGGACAGCAGCGACGAUGCACAUGUAAACGGGGGAAGUUUUCUGCGGGUGUUUGAGAGAAGAGGCCAGAGACAUGAUGUCUAUUGGAGCUGAUAGCUGACACUGUAGAAUGAGAGAGGAUGGAACAGACAGACAGCCCUGCCCCUGUGAGCAACAACCCUAAUGGGUUUGUCAACCGAGUGUUUAAUGUUUCUCUUGAUGUGGAGAAUGAGACCAGCAGUGUUUAUAUUCAGGAGGCUGGGCCAGGGUCUGCGGAGGGGCAGGGAGAGACCCAGGCUGCCUCUUCUCAGACCCCUGUCAAGGACAGACAGGAGGUCAACCGGAGGCCCCGUGCCACAGGGGGUAUCUGGAAGAUCUUGAGCCGAAAGAGAGCUGUCUCAGAGCUGGAGCGCAGACCCCACUCCAUGAUCCUGCCCGGGGAAGCUUCCAUCCCUAAACUCUCGUUUGCUGACAAAGUUCGCUCCUUCAAGAAGCUUAAAUCCCCCUCUGUGUUUAGAGGGAAGUCGGGGAAAUUGUCUACUGCCAAAUUCAGCAGCUCCUUGGUGGAUGAGGAAUCUUUCUGCAGCAACAUUGGCACUCCGCAGCAGUGCAGCAGGAGCACACUUAGACAGCGUGGUAAGAGGCACUCCUAUGCUGGUUACACAGCAGAAUUUGAAUGCUCCUUUGAAGACAUAGACCUCACAGCUCCUAUUGAUGGGCACCAGCCCACUGUAAUGGGAGAGGCUGUGACUCAGAAUGGUUGUAAACCAUCAGAAAGAGUUUGCUACACUAAAAGAAGUCACAACAAUUCAAGCAACUGCAACAAAACAGCUGCAGGCUGUGAAGAGCCGAGCACUAAAGGUAGCCCCAACACCCACCGGGUUAGAGGAGGAAGGAGGCACAAAGAUGUGUGGAGUUACCUGAGGAGGAUUUCCCUUUUGGGGAAGUCCAACCCUGUCUUCUCAGAGAGGAGCUUUGACUCUGAGCUUCCCUCUAUGGACAAGACCAUGGACUCGGACUAUGGCUCUGUAGACUUUGAGAGUGUCAGGGACUUUCAACCACCACCCCCAAAACACUCUGACACCAAGGGGCACUUUGGUGGUCUGUUCAAGUUUUUCAACAGUGUAGCAGAGACAGCCAGAAAAUGGCGGACAACAUCACACUCCUUCUCUCCUCCAGAGGGAGAGAGGACACCGAUGAGCUCCCCAAGGGCCCCACAGCUCACAGUGGACAACAUUCACAGUGUGUCCCUGACACUUCACAGUGAAGGAUUUCCAAAAACCCAGCCUAUCCCAUCAUCACCAGUGACUGCUAAACCCUCACACCCCAGUAGCCUUGACAGUGAGGCUCCAGCACCUGUGACAGGUGGAAGGUCCCCUAAGGUGGUCCUGAGAGCCUUUAGGCCAUGCACAGGAUCUCAAGCUGUCAAUGGCCUGAGUUCUGAGGGCACGGACAAACAUGUAGACAGAGAGACAAACCACAGGUCCACAGCCAUAGUAGAGAAUCAUAUCAGCCAGUCAGGUCCAACCACAGAGACUAAAAAAGAAGCAGAGGUCGAAAGUGAUCCAUUAAACUGUAUCUGUCAAAAGGAAAAGGUAGAGCGACAGACAGGAAAUGAGCAGGAUUCCAGGGAUGCUCCACCUGACUCCCACCAGAUACAGGAAGUGAAUGUCCAAUCACAACAAGGUGAUAAAGAGAGCACAACCAAUAGUGUGCCAGCAUCAGAUUCCACAGAGGAAAUAUUUAAGGUAUGUGACUUUGAAAUCAAAAUGAGCUAUGCUAAUAAACAGCAAUUGAAUUUGAAUAAAUGCAUUUGUUAAAGAAGUCAGUAAUUUGUGUUGCCAAACAGCAUUUUCAUGUAUAAUGUGUCUCACAUUUAUGCCGUAACCUCAUU